AUGAUAACACACUUAAAUGGAAGUCAGCUGUAUGAAAUUUACGACUAUUUCCUUGUUUCCAAUGAAACAGAUGGGUACAGAAUAUCUCUUGGUGAAGGAUCGGGAACACUGGGAAACUCCAUGAUGCCCUCAAAUCCACUAAGAGGAAUACACGGAAUGAGGUUUACUACCGCUGACAGAGACAAGGAGUACUGGGUACAUGGUAACUGUGCUGUUUCUCAUGGCGGUGGGGGCGGAUGGUGGUAUAACGAUUGCCAUGACGCCAUGUUGACGGGGCCUUAUGGGAAGGCAGAGUGGAACAAGCCAUGGUAUCCAGUGUAUUACACUGGUGAACAGAUAAAAGCCGUACAAAUGAUGAUAAAGAGAAGGAAUCCCUGA